GCGGCGUCCCCCUGCACCAUCCCCGACCCGCGCGGCUUGGAGGGGCCGCGGCGGCGCUCCGGACGCAGCUCCUGCUCCGCAGCGAAGGGAUUGUAACUGGAAGAAUGUCUUUUCCACCUCAUUUGAAUCGCCCUCCUAUGGGAAUCCCAACGCUUCCCCCCGGGAUCCCACCUCCACAGUUUCCUGGCUUUCCUCCACCUGUACCUCCUGGGACCCCUAUGAUUCCUGUACCAAUGGGCAUUAUGGCUCCUGCUCCGACUGUGUUAGUUCCUACCACAGUGUCUAUGGUUGGAAAACAUUUGGGAGCCAGAAAAGAACAUCCUGGCUUAAAGAACAAAGAAAACGAUGAGAACAGCGGUCCCACUACCACCGUUUUUGUAGGCAACAUUUCCGAGAAGGCCUCGGACAUGCUCAUACGGCAGCUUCUAGCAAAAUGCGGCUUGGUUUUGAGUUGGAAGAGGGUACAAGGGGCAUCUGGAAAACUUCAAGCCUUUGGAUUUUGUGAGUACAAAGAACCAGAAUCCACACUACGAGCACUGAGACUACUCCAUGAUCUCCAGAUUGGAGAGAAGAAGCUGCUAGUCAAAGUUGAUGCAAAGACAAAGGCUCAGCUAGAUGAAUGGAAAGCAAAGAAAAAAGCUUCUAAUGGGAACUCCAGACCAGAGACGACAAAUGAUGACGAUGAAGCACUGGAUGAGGAAACGAAGAGAAGAGAUCAGAUAAUUAAAGGGGCCAUUGAAGUCUUAAUACGAGAAUAUUCCAGCGAGCUCAAUGCCCCCUCCCAGGAAUCUGACUCUCACCCCAGGAAGAAGAAAAAGGAAAAGAAGGAGGACAUUUUCCGCAGAUUUCCAGUGGCCCCACUGAUACCUUAUCCACUCAUCACCAAGGAGGAUAUAAAUGCUAUAGAAAUGGAGGAAGACAAAAGAGACCUGAUAUCAAGAGAGAUCAGUAAAUUCAGAGACACACACAAGAAACUGGAGGAGGAAAAAGGCAAAAAGGAGAAAGAAAGACAGGAAAUUGAAAAAGAACGCAGAGAAAGAGAAAGGGAACGGGAGCGUGAACGAGAAAGGAGGGAGCGUGAAAGAGAGAGGGAGCGUGAACGAGAGAAGGAGAAGGAACGGGAGCGUGAACGAGAGCGAGAUAGGGAUCGUGACCGAACUAAGGACCGAGACAGAGACCGCGAACGAGACCGAGAUCGUGACAGAGAUCGUGAAAGGAGUUCAGAUCGCAACAAGGAUCGCAGCAGAUCAAGAAAAAGCAGAGACAGGGAAAGAGAACGUGAGCGGGAACGGGAAAGAGAACGUGAGCGGGAACGGGAAAGAGAACGUGAGCGGGAACGGGAAAGAGAACGUGAGCGGGAACGAGAACGGGAGAAGGAUAAGAAGAGAGACCGAGAAGAAGAUGAAGAAGAUGCCUAUGAACGCCGAAAACUAGAGAGGAAACUGCGGGAAAAAGAAGCUGCAUAUCAAGAGCGUCUUAAAAACUGGGAAAUCAGAGAACGGAAGAAAAGUCGAGAAUAUGAAAAAGAGGCUGAAAGGGAAGAAGAAAGAAGAAGGGAAAUGGCAAAGGAAGCCAAACGGUUAAAAGAAUUCUUAGAAGAUUAUGAUGAUGACAGAGAUGAUCCAAAAUACUACAGGGGUAGUGCUCUUCAGAAAAGGCUACGAGACAGGGAGAAAGAGAUGGAAGCAGAUGAACGGGAUAGGAAAAGGGAAAAGGAAGAAUUAGAAGAAAUUAGGCAGCGCCUUCUGGCAGAAGGACACCCAGAUCCAGAUGCAGAACUUCAGAGGAUGGAGCAGGAGGCUGAGCGGCGUAGGCAGCCACAAAUAAAACAAGAGCCAGAGUCUGAGGAGGAAGAGGAAGAAAAGGCAGAAAAAGAGGAAAAAAGAGAAGAGCCGGAGGAAGAGGAGGAGGAGCCUGAACAAAAGCCCUGCCUUAAACCAACUUUACGACCCAUCAGUUCUGCCCCAUCUGUUUCUUCUGCUAGUGGAAAUGCAACCCCUAACACACCUGGUGAUGAAUCUCCCUGUGGCAUUAUUAUCCCUCAUGAAAAUUCACCUGAUCAACAGCAGCCGGAGGAGCAUCGGCCCAAAAUAGGACUUAGCCUCAAAUUGGGUGCCUGCAAUAGUCCUAAUCAGCCCAAUGCUGUAAAAAGGAAGAAGCUUGCUGUGGAUAGUGUUUUCAAUAAAUUUGAUGACGAAGACAGUGAUGAUGUGCCCCGGAAAAGGAAACUUGUCCCCCUGGAUUAUGGAGAAGAAGAUAAAAGCAAUAUCAAAGGCAGUGUCAACACAGAAGAAAAACGCAAACAUAUUAAGAGUCUCAUUGAGAAGAUUCCCACAGCAAAACCAGAGCUCUUUGCUUAUCCCCUUGACUGGUCAAUUGUGGAUUCAACACUAAUGGAGCGUCGAAUUAGACCAUGGAUCAACAAGAAAAUAAUAGAAUAUAUUGGUGAAGAAGAAGCCACGCUAGUUGACUUUGUUUGUUCUAAGGUUAUGGCUCACAGCUCACCACAGAGCAUACUGGAUGAUGUUGCCAUGGUACUAGAUGAAGAAGCUGAAGUUUUCAUAGUCAAAAUGUGGAGGUUGUUGAUAUACGAGACAGAAGCAAAGAAGAUUGGUCUAGUGAAAUAAAGCACUCUCCUUGCUUCUAGGGUUCCAUUUCAAUUUUGGGCUUUUUUUUUUUUUCCCAUCAUUCAAAGACUUCGAAUUUUCUCUGUUCUCAGAGACUUGAGACCUGUAUUUUUUUAUGUAGAAAAUGUGAAUUUUUUUGUCCUCUGCUCUGAGGCCCCCUUUACCCUUCUCAGUUAGUUAUCUGAAUCCUGCAUUGGUUCUCUUUAUAAUUCACAAGGUACAAUUACUGGUAUGUUUUAUAAGCUGCAGCUACUGUACACGCUCUCUGGUGAUUUUGUUAUGUUACUCUGAUUCCUGUAAAUAUUAAGAAAAAAAAAAAGCCCCUGUUUUGCAAAACAUUUGCACUUAAUGUGGAACUAUAUCAGUUACAGAUGAAGACAAAUGAUUUUACUGCAAAUUUACCAGUGCUUUUUUUUUGGCGCAUAUUCUCCCUUUUUUUUUAUUUAAGGAAUGAUCAGAAUACAAUUUAAAAAUAAGUGGCUUGAGCUGCUUUCACAGAACAGCUUUGUGUGUUCAUUUGGUCCCCUCAUCUGAUUCUGGAAAAGGAGUUCCCUCAGACUUUUCAUUCUGAUGUGAACCAGCAGUAGUCUUGGUACUUUGUUGCCCAUUUAGAAUUACUAAUGAAGCUGGGAACUUAAUCUCUUGCAGAUGCUCUACUUCUUUCCUAGAAAGUGCAAAUUGCAGGAAGUUUUUUAUUCUUUGCUCGGUUAAAACAAGAGCAGGACCUCAAUUCAAUAAGUGCUAUUUAAUGAUUUUCUUUUUUUUUUUUAAACCUAGGAUAUCCUCUGCUCAAUUUCAUUUUAGCCCUUCGCUAUUAUCCGUUCUGUCUCCAAAACAAUCAGAUGGAUUUUUUUUUAAAAGAAAUUAUUUUUUAAAACAUUUUUUUUAGUGUUUAGAAAAAAAAAACUGUUUGGAUGUAACUGACCAUAGCAGUUGACAAAAACUAAACCAUAAGUUUUCAAACAAAGCUGAAGUCUUGUUUUUAUCCAUACUGUUAAACUAGCCCCGACUUUUGUUUUCUACUGUAAGCAGUCUAUUGUCCACAAAAAGAAGGUGAUAUUUUCCUGCCUUGUUUGUAUGGUUUUUAUAAAUAGGCUGAUAUGGUAUAAAUGAUGAGAUGUACUGUAAACUGCAUUUUUUAUCUCAUACCUGAGUAAGAAGACAAAUCGAUAAUGUGCUAUGAGCUGUUUUGAUUGCAGGAGGACUGUGUUCCAGGGAGCAAACUGUCUCAAAAACAUUUUUAAUUUUUAAACACAAUUCUUAAUAGCAAACAAAUUAAGUAAAGGUGUUCCAGUAUCUCUAUAUUGUAUUUAACUGAAGGAUACAGGUUGACCUGUUCAGAAAACGUAACUGUGACCUUGAGUUACUAGUUCUUUGUAUCUGGAGAGGACACUUGAAAACACUGUUCUUAACAAACGGGAUCGUGUAAAGGUUCCACCAUGUAAAUAUUUCAGAUAUUAAAAAUGUAUAUAUUUGAUUUAAGGGCUGACAUUCUUUUGGAGUCUUGUGCAGCAUGCAGUUAUAUUUAGCACUCGUUUCUGAAGCAACAAAUGUUCCCAAAUUAGGGGUGGGGUUUUUUAAAACUACCUCCUGCUUUAUGUCAGGUGACUAGAAGCCUGCAAAUGCAGAUGUGAUCCCAAUGUGUUCUUUCUCAUCCCUGUAAUACUACACACCACAAAAUGUUCUUUAACUUGAAGUGUAAUGCUCAGAUAUUACCUUUAUGUUGUGCUUGAGUUUGCGUGAGAAUGUUUUGUUUUACAUACUUAUAUGUUGCAACCUUCCUCUUAUUUUUUUCUGCAACUUGAUGUUACCCUAAGAAAUUACUUCCCCAUUC